CUCAUUAUUUGUACAUCAAACAUUGAUAUUCAUCUCUUCAAUCUUUUGUAUUCACAUAUUAUAUUUAUUCAAUACACUUAGAAAAACACUUUACCAAGAAAUUAAGAUGGAGAACUUCCCAAUUAUUAACUUGGAAAAGCUCAAUGGAGAUGAGAGAGCCAACACCAUGGAAAUGAUCAAAGAUGCUUGUGAGAAUUGGGGCUUCUUUGAGUUGGUGAACCAUGGAAUUCCACAUGAAGUAAUGGACACAGUAGAGAAAAUGACAAAGGCACAUUACAAGAAGUGCAUGGAACAGAGGUUUAAGGAACUAGUGGCAAGUAAGGGACUUGAGGCUGUUCAAGCUGAGGUUACUGAUUUAGAUUGGGAAAGCACUUUCUUCUUGCGCCAUCUUCCUACUUCUAAUAUCUCUCAAGUACCCGAUCUUGACGAAGAAUACAGAGAGGUGAUGAGAGAUUUUGCUAAAAGAUUGGAGAAGUUGGCUGAGGAGUUACUUGACUUACUCUGUGAAAAUCUUGGACUUGAAAAAGGUUAUUUGAAAAAUGCCUUUUAUGGAUCAAAAGGUCCCAAUUUUGGUUCUAAAGUUAGCAACUAUCCACCAUGUCCUAAGCCCGAUUUGAUCAAGGGACUCCGCGCUCAUACAGACGCUGGAGGCAUCAUACUUCUAUUCCAAGAUGACAAAGUGAGUGGCCUUCAACUCCUCAAAGACGAGCAAUGGAUCAAUGUUCCUCCCAUGCGCCACUCUAUUGUGGUUAACCUUGGUGAUCAACUUGAGGUGAUCACUAACGGGAAGUACAAGAGUGUGAUGCACAGAGUGAUUGCACAAACAGACGGGACACGAAUGUCAUUAGCCUCAUUUUACAAUCCAGGAAGUGAUGCAGUAAUAUAUCCAGCAAAAACUUUGGUUGAAAAAGAGGCAGAGGAAAGUACACAAGUGUAUCCAAAGUUUGUGUUUGAUGAUUACAUGAAGUUAUAUGCUGGACUUAAGUUUCAAGCCAAAGAGCCAAGAUUUGAAGCAAUGAAGGCAAUGGAAAGUGAUCCAAUUGCAAGUGCUUAGAUUCCAAUUCAAUUAAAAAUUUGGUGUUUGAAAAAUAUAUUUAAAUAUAGCAAUCUAUGUAUACACAUUAUUUGCUCUUCUUAUGUAUGGUAGAAUAAAGUUAGUAUUAAAAAAGAUUGUGAUUUGCUGCAUAUGUAUCAAAAAGAGUCCUAAUAUUUGUAUCAAUAAAUAAGGUGCCUUUUAGUGAAAUUAUACAAAUAAUAAUUUGGAGUCUA